AUGCCGCCCUCACCACGAUAUCGAGCUUCCGACCCACCCGACUCUCCCGCGAAUGACUCCGAUUCCGACCUUGAUCUAGAUAUUCAGGAGCUCGACCCAAUAUCAACUACUCCAGCUCCAAGGGAUAGCGAGCGCCCUUCAACCGAGCCACAGACAUCACGGAUAGCGCUGCGAAAUUUGCGCAUGGGUGGAGUGCGGCGAGCUGGAAAGAGGAAUCGCGGGUAUGGCGACCUCGGCCAGGACAGGGACGGAAACGAUGAGCAUUCUCAAACAUUAUUAGGGGAACAUAACAGCAGUGCAUCUCGAUGGUCGGAAGGAAGCGGCUACAAUGAGGAUGAUCAACCACUGCUAGGGGGCCAGCCUUCGCAAAGCCGGAAGUCCAUGAACUCGGAUCGAGUAUCUUCACGGUUACGAUUCCCUAGUUUCAUGUCGGGCUCGAAGAAACCAGAACCGAGCGAUGCCGAUGACCAAGAAGACGACGACCCAUCCUCCUCUCGACAUGUGGCCGUGGGAUCGACUCAACCUGUGCGAUUUCCAAACAACAUCAUCUCAAAUGCCAAGUACACAGCCUUGACAUUCCUCCCUAUAACCCUCUAUAACGAAUUCUCGUUCUUCUUCAACAUGUACUUCCUUCUCGUGGCACUGUCGCAGGCGAUACCCGCCCUGAGAAUUGGCUACCUGUUAACGUACAUUGCACCACUGGCGUUUGUACUCUGUAUUACCAUGGGAAAGGAGGCCUUCGAUGAUAUUGCCAGACGGCGAAGAGACACUGAAGCGAAUUCAGAAGAGUACAGCAUUCUGGUUUUUCAGGAUGCCGACUCCAAUCUAGCCCCUGUACGCCAAAGAAAACUGCUCAAGUCUGAAGUGUUACAGAAACACUCUAGGAAGAAGUCAAAGGGGGCCCGAGAGAACUUGUCAGACAUUUUGGAGGAAGACGACGUCGAGGCACCCCCGCCAUCCUCACGGGCUGUCGAAGUCAGCCGCAAGUCAAAAGACUUGAAAGUUGGCGAUGUUCUCAAACUUACGAAGGGUCAACGUGUACCUGCAGAUGUUGUCAUAUUGAAAUGCUUCACUUCCGAGGCACCAGCCCCUGCACCGAUUCCCGAAGAACCAGCAGAGGAGGAUACCUUGUUGGCGUUCGACGGUGAAGAGCCUCAAGCAAAGGGCAAACAACCCGCAGAAGCGGCACCAGAGCAAGAGACUGAAAGCGGACCAGGAGGGGAGACUUUCAUUAGGACCGAUCAGUUGGAUGGUGAGACGGAUUGGAAGCUCAGACUUGCUUCACCACUCACACAAAAUCUACCAACGGAGGAGUUUGUUCGUCUGCGCGUCACCGGUGGAAAGCCAGACAGGAAGGUAAACGAGUUUCUGGGCACAAUUGAGCUGGUAGAAUCUCGAAAGGAUGCACUGGCGCACCAUGCGACAGUACAAGACUCUGACGCUUCCCACACGGCUGCUCUGUCAAUAGAUAACACAGCAUGGGCCAAUACUGUCAUCGCCUCGCAAGCCACGACACUAGCCGUCAUCAUGUACACAGGUCCUCAGACGCGGUCUGCUCUAUCGACAGCUCCCUCACGUUCCAAGACCGGCCUACUUGAAUACGAGAUCAACUCUUUGACUAAAUCCCCUGGUUUCGGAAACACCAAAGACAAUGUGUGGUAUGUCAAGAUCAUGCGAUUUUUGGUUUUGUUCUCUACUAUUGUCCCCAUCAGCCUGCGUGUGAACCUGGACAUGGGCAAGAGCGCAUAUUCCUGGUUUAUACAACGUGAUCCUGGCAUGCCUGGAGCAGUUGUUCGAACAAGUACUAUACCUGAAGAUCUCGGCCGAAUCGAAUACCUGCUCAGCGACAAGACUGGUACAUUAACCCAAAAUGAGAUGGAAAUGAAGAAAAUUCACGUUGGUACUGUGUCUUAUGCCAACGAGGCAAUGGACGAAGUGUCAACGUAUGUUAAACAAGGCUUCUACAUCCUGCCCUCUGCAGACGCUGCUGCCCAGAACAUGCUUAUCACUCCGUCAUCCACAUACUCUAGCACUACAACUAUGGGCACGACGCGUACAAGACGAGAGAUUGGCACGCGAGUUCGAGAUGUAGUUCUGGCACUCGCCCUUUGCCAUAAUGUUACACCUACUGUGGACAUUGAGGAUGGCAAAGAGGUUACUGGAUAUCAAGCAUCAUCUCCAGACGAAAUCGCCAUCGUCAAGUGGACAGAAUCAGUCGGCCUGAGACUUGUGUACCGAGAUCGCAAGAGUAUGGUGUUGGAAUACACGAACAGCAAGAGACCGGUGGUUCGCGUGCGAAUCCUUGACGUUUUCCCUUUUACUUCCGAAGGCAAACGAAUGGGUAUCAUCGUCCACUUCCACGAAGACGUCAAGGUCAAGAACCCGAGUCUCUCUACUGGCGAAAUCUGGUUCUUCCAGAAGGGUGCUGAUACCGUCAUGAGCUCCAUCGUUGCAGCGAACGAUUGGCUCGACGAGGAGACCGCCAAUAUGGCGCGCGAAGGCUUACGUACGCUGGUCGUUGGUCGCAAGAAGCUCUCAUACGAUCAGUACAAGGAGUUCUCGGCUCGCUAUCAAGAAGCAUCGCUUUCGAUCAGUGGGCGUGAUGCUGGCAUGCAGCGGGUGGUUUCGCACUACCUGGAACAUGAUCUGGAACUAAUUGGCGUGACUGGUGUCGAGGACAAGCUGCAGAAGGACGUAAAACCCUCUCUAGAGCUCCUCCGCAAUGCUGGUAUCAAGAUUUGGAUGUUGACUGGUGACAAGGUCGAGACAGCCAGAUGUGUUGCUGUCAGCUCCAAACUGGUGGCUCGCGGUCAGUACAUCUAUACAGUUUCCAAGCUCAAGAAGAAGGAUAACGCCCGAGAACAUCUUGACUUCCUCCGAAGCAAGACAGACGCUUGUCUCCUGGUAGAUGGCGAAAGUCUGGCUCUCUUUCUGACACAUUUCCGUCUUGAGUUCAUCUGCAUCGCCGUCCAGCUGCCCACCGUUGUUGCUUGCCGUUGUUCGCCGAACCAAAAGGCCGAAGUUGCCAAACUGAUCCGCGAGUACACUAAAAAGCGCGUAUGCUGUAUCGGCGAUGGUGGCAACGAUGUCUCAAUGAUCCAAGCUGCUGAUGUUGGUGUUGGUAUUGUUGGCAAGGAAGGCCGACAGGCUAGUUUGGCGGCAGACUUUUCGAUUGAGCAAUUUUGUCAUCUGGUCAAGCUAUUGGUCUGGCAUGGCCGUAACAGUUACAAGCGAAGUGCUAAGCUCGCACAGUUUGUUAUUCACCGUGGUUUGAUCAUUGCUGUGUGCCAGACUAUGUAUAGUAUUGCUAUCAAGUUUGAGCCUGAGGGCCUAUACAAGGAUUGGCUACUUGUCGGCUAUGCUACUGUAUACACUGCAGCCCCUGUGCUGUCACUUGUGUUAGAUAAGGAUGUGGACGAGAACCUUGCCAACCUCUACCCCGAGCUCUAUAAGGAACUCACUUCUGGACGAUCUCUAUCGUACAGAACUUUCUUUGUUUGGGUCUUUGUAUCCAUCUACCAAGGCGGCAUGAUUCAGGGCUUGUCGCAGAUUCUCACUGAAGUCGAUGGGCCCAAGAUGGUUGCUGUCAGUUAUACCGUUCUAGUGCUCAACGAACUUCUCAUGGUGGCCAUUGAGAUCACUACAUGGCAUCCCAUUAUGAUCAUUAGUAUCAUCGGCACUUUCGUCUUGUAUAUCGGCUCCAUACCUUUCUUAGGUGGAUACUUUGACCUUCAGUUCUUGAUAACAUGGGGAUUUGUCUGGCGUGUACUAGCCAUUGGUGCAGUUUCAUUGAUCCCGCCAUACGCGGGCAAGUUGAUUAGGAGGACAAUGAAGCCUCCGUCGUAUAGGAAGGUUCAGAGCCACUAG